ACCUUAUCCACACUACCGCCCCUCCUCCUCCUCCACCCACCCAGCGCCGCCGCACGCCUCCACAGCGCCGCCCCACUCCCACCCACCCCAGCGUCGCCCCACCCCCAGCGCCGCCGCACGCCCACCUCCCCUACCUCUGCCGGCCCGCAUCCGCCUGCUGCCACCGGCCCCCUUCACGUGGCCGUGCCUCCUCGGUCUCGUCGUCUCCGCCUUCCUCCUCCCUCUCCCUCUCCCUCUCGGCAUCUCCCGAGGCAGCAGCGGCGCAGGGGCGGGUCAACGGCUCCCAGCGCAGAGGCUGCUCAGUGGCUCCCUGGCGCAGCGGCUGCCCGGCGGCGCCGCGGCUCGGGAUUCGGCUCCGAGCUCGGGACCUCCACAGCGGCGAGGAUAAGGUAAAUAAUAAUCCACCUAAGACCAACCGAUUAUGAGCUCUCUAUGCCCGUUUGCCAAACUCGCCUCUGCUGGCGCCACAUGCCCCGUAAAAUCAGACAACAAAACCACCUCAUGUCCUGUCACAGCCAACAAUCACACCGACGACGACGAUAAUGAAAAAACUGGCAAUGCUAACACCGAUCCUCGUGUGGUGCCAGCAAAGUGCCCCUUUGGCUAUGACUCCAACAACACCUUCAAGCUUGGCCCACUCAGCUGCGUGGUCUGCCACGCUCUGCUACAUCAAAGCAGCAAAUGCACCCCGUGCUCGCACAAGUUCUGCAAGGCAUGCAUAUUGCGCUUUAAGGACUGUCCAUUGUGUGGUGCUGACAUCCAAGGGAUCGAGCCUGAUGAUGAGCUUCAAGGCCUUGUCGACCGCUUCAUUGAUGGCCAUGCCCGAAUCAAGAGAUCACAUGCUGCAGGCGAUGGUGAAGCCGCAAGUGACAAGACCAAGGUCAUUUACGAGCAUGUCUCCAUGGAGAGAGGAGCUUUUCUGGUCCAGCAAGCGAUGAGGGCUUUUCGCGCACAGAACAUUGAAAGUGCAAAGUCAAGGCUCAGUAUGUGUGCAGAAGACAUCAGGGAAGAGUUGAAAUCUAAAGAAGACAACCAAGAACUGUGUUCUCAACUUGGAGCUGUGUUAGGAAUGCUUGGGGACUGCUGUCGGACCUUGGGAGAUGCUCCUUCAGCAAUCACUUACUAUGAAGAAAGUGCUGAAUUCCUCUCGAAAUUGCCCAAAAAGGAUCUGGAGUUGGUCCAUACUCUCUCAGUUUCACUAAAUAAAAUUGGAGAUCUUUGCUAUUAUGAUGGGGACCUCCACUCAGCAAGAAGCUAUUAUGCGCGUUCGUUGGACGUUCGCAGAAGUGCAGUAAAAGAACACUCAGCUGUGGCUUCCCAGGUCAUUGAUGUAGCAACUUCUCUUGCCAAAGUUGCGGAUGUCGAUAGAAAUCUUGGGAACGAAAGCAUGGCAGUUGAGGGUUUUGAGGAAGCAAUUAAAUGCCUUGAGAAUUUGAAGCUGGAAUCUGGAGAGGCCAGUCUUGAGCAGCGGCGUCUCUCGGUUCUCGACUUUCUACAAAAACAACUGGAUGACAAGUGAUAUGCACGGUUCUUUGAAGAGCACACUCACAGGAUAUAUGUACUAUCCAUAACGAGGAUCAGCUCCAGUAGUCUCUGUGAUGCAUAUGGAAGGGAGUUGCUCCAGAAUGAAUGGUAACUGGUGUGUAUUUGAGGUUUGCUGCGACACAGAAUAAAUACUUUCAAGUUGUAUAUGUUUCUUGUGUCUGCCACGGGCGGAGACCUCUUUGAGUCAAGAUGGCCACCUCUUAAGCCCUGAGGCACCACGGAGACGAAACUUCUCGGAAGUACUGGUUCCUUGUUGCCUCUGCCGUGUUAUGUGAAUGUUAUCCCACUGUAUAUUUAUUGAUGAUAUAAUAUAAGAAAAGAACAGCACAGAUGUUUUGUAUCGCCCUAUCAAAUUAAGUUGUUUUGCAUAUUCUAGCGGC